AAAAAAAAAAAAGGAAAAAAUGUUCUGCAGCUGGGCUGCACCUCAAUGAAUGAAUUGGUGCACUGUGAGCCACCAUCAUCUACCCACUGGAUUUCCAUUUACUCCCGGCAUCCACCCCGAACAUAUGAAUCUGCUUAGACAGAGCCUUUUGAGGAGUUGAAAAGAUCAGGUCGGAGAGAAAAUGGCACAACGCGUGGUUCUCUUUUUGCUGUGGCUCUUUGACCAGUCCUUAGCCGGAUUUCCGAAUCAGAUUAACAUCGGGGGACUGUUCAUGCGAUCCACGGUGCAGGAGCACAGCGCGUUCAGGUUUGCUGUCCAACUCUACAACACCAAUCAAAACACCACCGAGAAACCUUUCCACCUCAACUACAACGUCGACAAUCUCGAGUCGUCCAACAGCUUCUCGGUCACCCAUGCAUUUUGCUCCCAGUUCUCCCGCGGGGUGUACGCCAUCUUCGGAUUCUACGACAAGAAGUCCAUGAACACCUUGACCUCCUUCUGCGGCGCUCUGCACACCUCCUUUGUCACGCCCAGUUACCCCACCGAUAACGAGGUGCAGUUUGUCAUCCAGAUGCGGCCGACCCUGAGGGGCGCUGUGCUCAGCCUGCUCUCCUACUACAAGUGGCAGAAGUUUGUUUACCUCUAUGACACCGAUCGAGGUUUUUCCAUCCUGCAGGCUAUCAUGGAGGCGGCAGUGGCCAACAACUGGCAGGUGACUGCUCGCUCUGUCAGCAGCACAACGAACGCAACAGAGUUCAAGCAGGUCAUUGAAGAGAUGGACAGGAGGCAGGAGAAGCGCUAUGUGAUCGACUGCGAGGUGGACCGCAUCGAUACCAUCUUGGAACAGGUUGUGACCGCGGGGAAGAACAGCCAUGGUUACCACUACAUUCUGGUCAAUCUUGGAUUUUCGAAUGUGAGUAUGGGCAAAGUCAUCGCCGGAGGAGCCAACAUUUCAGGGUUUCAGAUCGUCAACCCUGAGAACCCGAUUGUGCAGCAGUUCAAACAGCGAUGGGACCAGCUGGAUGAAAGAGAAUUCCCAGAAGCUCGCAACGCUCCUCUGAAGUACACCUCUGCCCUGACCCACGACGCCAUCCUAGUGAUAGCCGAGGCAUUCAGGUACCUGAGGCGCCAACGCGUAGACGUCUCUCGUCGAGGCAGCGCAGGAGACUGUCUGGCGAAUCCCGCCGUACCCUGGAGUCAGGGCAUAGACAUCGAGAGAGCUCUGAAAACGGUCCAGCUGCAGGGGAUGACCGGGAAUAUCCAGUUUGACAACUAUGGCCGCAGGACCAAUUACACAAUAGAGAUACAUGAAAUGAAAAAGGAUGGGCCAAAGAAGAUUGGCUGCUGGAACGAGUACACAGGAUUUGUAAAUAUUAUGGAUCCUCAGGUCAACAUCUCAGAGGAAAACCGAACCAUUGUGGUCACUACUAUUAUGGAAGCUCCUUAUGUGAUGUACAAGAAAAAUUAUAUGCAUCUGGAGGGGAAUGACAGAUAUGAAGGCUACUGCGUCGAUUUAGCAUCUGAGAUUGCCAAACAUGUUGGAAUUAAGUACAAACUGUCAAUAGUAAUGGACGGCAAGUAUGGAGCCCGAGACCCUGAGACCAAGACGUGGAACGGGAUGGUGGGUGAACUGGUCUAUGGGAGGGCAGAUAUAGCCGUUGCGCCUCUCACCAUUACUCUGGUUCGAGAGGAGGUGAUAGACUUUUCCAAGCCCUUUAUGAGCUUGGGCAUCUCCAUUAUGAUAAAGAAGCCACAAAAAUCCAAGCCUGGCGUUUUCUCCUUCCUGGACCCGCUGGCCUAUGAGAUCUGGAUGUGUAUAGUGUUUGCCUACAUUGGUGUGAGCGUGGUACUGUUCCUGGUCAGUCGGUUCAGCCCGUAUGAGUGGAACCUUGAGGAGCAGGAUGAGACCAAAGACCCCCAGACUCCUCCCGAUCCUCCCAAUGACUUUGGUAUCUUCAACUCUCUGUGGUUCUCACUGGGCGCCUUCAUGCAGCAGGGCUGCGACAUCUCUCCAAGGUCUCUUUCAGGGCGUAUCGUUGGUGGUGUUUGGUGGUUCUUCACCCUCAUCAUCAUCUCCUCCUACACUGCCAACCUGGCUGCCUUCUUGACUGUGGAGAGAAUGGUGUCGCCUAUAGAGAGUGCAGAGGAUCUAGCAAAGCAGACAGAGAUUGCGUACGGCACUCUGGACUCAGGCUCGACAAAAGAGUUUUUCAGGCGAUCCAAAAUAGCGGUGUACGAGAAGAUGUGGUCUUACAUGAAAUCCGCAGAGCCCAAUGUGUUUGUUAAGACCACGCCAGACGGCGUCGCCCGAGUGCGAAAGUCAAAGGGCAAGUUUGCCUUUCUCCUUGAGUCCACGAUGAACGAGUACAUCGAGCAGCGGAAGCCAUGCGACACCAUGAAGGUGGGAGGGAACCUCGACUCCAAAGGCUACGGCGUGGCGACGCCCAAAGGCUCGGCAUUAAGAAAUGCUGUUAACCUGGCAGUUUUAAAACUGAAUGAGCAAGGCCUCUUGGACAAAUUGAAAAACAAAUGGUGGUACGACAAGGGAGAGUGCGGCAGCGGGGGAGGUGACUCCAAGGACAAGACAAGUGCUCUCAGCCUAAGCAAUGUGGCAGGAGUCUUCUAUAUUCUGGUUGGAGGGCUGGGGCUGGCUAUGAUGGUGGCUCUGAUAGAGUUCUGUUAUAAAUCACGACAAGAAACCAAACGGCUAAAAUUGGCCAAGAAUACCCAGAAUUUUAAGCCGGCUCCCCCGACCAACACCCAGAACUUUGCCACAUACAGAGAAGGCUACAACGUGUACGGAACCGAGAGCGUUAAGAUCUAGAGGUUUACGAAACGUUUGGGCCGUCAUCUACAACUGUGACUAAACAUCUGUGAAAGGCACGGGACCACACGGGGUUUGUGCUUCAUGACAUGAUAAUCUGCAUUGACGACACGACUUGACUGGUCAUGGGAAAAGCCGAUGAGGUUUCCUCCGCCUCUCAGUGCCUUAUGGAACUCCGAGUCUAAACAAUGCAACUCGAUCACAACGAUAACGCUUUUUUUGCUUGAAGCUCAUAUGAAACAGAAGAAUGAUGCAGAGUUAAAACACACACAUAUUAUAUAUAUAUAAAAGGAGAGAAUAAAGCCAUCAUUUGCAACUCUAAGCACAUUUUGAAGUGCCAGAAAGACAAUGUACAAUACAUGACAAGUGUCCAAUUGGUUUUCUUGUAAUCAAUAUGAUCAGAUUACUCUUCAUCCUUCUGCUGCCAGAUUUCCACUGGUUCAAUGUGCUGAAUUUAUUUGACUAGAUCUACUCAGUGCACCGUAGGACACUGGUUCUUAGAUAAUAGCUUUUUAUGCUGCUGUGAAUCCCUUCGAAUGACCGUGAACUUGAAGAGGAAAGACCCGUUGCUUGUCAAGCUCGAAACAAAGAUGCGUGUCGUUUGUACUCAGAACUCUGGUGCUGCUGCCAACGUCGUCUUCGGGAAAGUCUGACGGGACUCCGGAAGAUAUCGGAAGAGGACGACAUGAAGCAGGACCCGAUUCCCACUUCCAAUACUGCCAAGAGUGUGUUUUGUAUGACAAUGAUUAUGUAGUCUGGCUAAAGAAAUAUAUACGGAUUUGUAAAAUAUCGAGGAGGUUUUGAUGCUCUGAAAAGUCUUUUCCUGAAACCUAGAUUAAUUCACGUCUUCUUUACAUCAGAGUAAAACCAAACACAUGGGUACUUCAGUUGUGGAUUAACUGUAGUCCGAUUAAAGGCUCGCAGUAUUUUUUUUUUCUGUAUUUUGUUUGUCAAAUUGCACAUUUUACAAUGAGCUGUAGUUUGCUUUCAAAAAUGAUUUUCUUCCAUGAAAAUUAAAGUGUUUAGUGAUUUUACUUAGUAAAUGAAAAAUAUAUAAAUACAACAACAAAAAAUAGACUUUUUAUAACUGGGGCAUCGCCUGGAGCUUAGCACAUUUCCAUACUGCUGUAAUCAAUUGUGUUCUUUCAUAAAGACUGUGAUUCCAUAGGAUUUAGGAGGAUAUUUAUCUAAUUACCUAAAGCUAUGGGCAGAUAGUUUUAUAUU